AUGAGGCUGCUGCGAAGCCUACCGUUCCUGGUAGCGCUGUUGGGUGUCACGCCGAACCAUGUCGAAGCCGGUGGGAAAGUCACCGUCAAGAAGACGAGUUUUUCGAGUCUACCGCAGGAGUUUUUUUACUUUGAAGAUAGUCCCAGUAUUUUGAGCUUCGAUCAAAUGCAUGGCACCGUCUACAGAUCUGGUGAUAGCGGAGCAACCUGGGAAGCCGUAUCGGAGGGGAAGGGGAAGGUCAUCGACAUGUAUCAGCACCCGUUCGAUAACGCCAAGGCCUAUAUACUCACACUCAGCGAGAAGCAUUUUAAAACCGAUGAUUAUGGCAAGACAUGGCAGGAAUGGGAUUCGAUAGAUCUUCCAAGUAACCGUCAGAUCCCAUUACCGGCAUUGAACUUCCACGCUGGAAAGGGAAAAUCGGAUUACAUAAUUCUGCUAGCACAAGUUUGCGAAGACGGAUUCGAAUUCGAGCUUGGAGACUGCAAACAAAGGGCUUACUACACGAAAGAUAACUUCAAGACGAAGCCAAUCAAGCUGCUCGAGGACACACAUGGCUGCACUUUCGCUCAAUCCACGAAACAAUUCGAUGCUGCCUCGGACGACACUGUUAUAUGUAUCGUUGAGGGCUCGAGUAUGUAUACUUCGAGCAAGCGUCGCAUAUAUGUCUCCGACAAUUACUUCAAAAACGGCCUUGAUGGAGGGGUUGAACCAAAAUUGGAUGGACAGAGCACCUAUCAGGGUAUUACUGGUGUCGCUGUGGUCCAGAAGUUCGUGAUUGUCGCAGUCAAGAGUUCUGGAACUUCUGAGAUGGCAUUAUUUAUCAGCACCAACGCCAAAGAUUGGGAUAGAGCGGAAUUCCCGAGCGACCAUGGCAAAGUGGAGGAGGACGCCUAUACGAUCCUCGAAUCCAUGCCAUCGAGCUUACAAGUUGACGUUUUGACAACAAAGGCAACCCAUCCUGUCGGGUCCAUGUUUGCUAGUAACUCCAAGGGUACACAGUUCGUCCGAAUCUUGCCAAACACAAAUCGCAACUCUCGUGGUCUGGUCGAUUGGGAACCUAUCGCAAACAUUGAGGGCAUCAUUCUCGCAAAUAUUGUGGCAAACGCAGCUCAGCUGGCAGAGUCUCGUGGAGGUGUCAAGAAGAUUACAUCUAAAAUCUCAUUUGACAACGGUAGAACAUGGAACGGGCUCAAGGUCGGUAGUGAGGAACUGCAUCUUCACUCAGUCUCUGAUCUCAACAACCUUGGUCGUGUGUAUUCAAGCCCCGCACCCGGUAUGGUUAUGGGUAUCGGAAACACAGGAGAACACCUUUCAGAUCCCCUUUCUGGGAACCUUUAUGUUUCGGACGAUGCCGGAUUGUCCUGGACCAAGGCACGAGAUGGCCCGCACAAAUACGAGUUCGGUGACCAAGGCUCGAUUUUUGUUGCCGUCAAAGACGAAAAAACAGAUAAAAUUGUCUACUCAUUGGACCAUGGUAAGACCUGGGAGAGCGUCGACCUUGGUAUCACAAUUACCCCAGUACUUUUGACAACAACACCAGACAGCACCUCUACAAAGUUUACAAUGGUUGCAGUCGGACCAGCUGACGACGAUAACAAGAGCCGCUACAUCUUCUUUUUUGAUUUCUCGGAUGUUCGCGGCAGAACUUGCAAGGAAGAUAAAUCUGGAAAAGGAGACUUUGAGAAGUGGUAUGCCCGAGUUGACGAGAAGGGAGACCCGGACUGUCUCCUGGGCCACAAGCAGUUCUUCUGGAGAAGAAAGAAGGAUGUGGAUUGUUUCGUCAACAACUUGUACAAGGAACAGGAGCCCGAACGCGAGGUUUGUAAGUGUACCACGGAGGACUACGAGUGUGAUAUCAACUUCGUCAGGGAGAAAGGUCAGCCAGGAGAUAAGUGUGUGCCUAAGAAACUUAAGUAUGAUGACAAGGGCAAAUGCUCUAAGCCAUCGGAUACCUUUAAGGGGCCUAGCGGUUACCGUCUUAUUCCCGGUGACAGCUGCGAUAAGAAUGGUGGAGAAGACCUAGAAAAAGAGACAGACCGAACUUGCAGCGAGCUUUCUACGCCAGCCCCUUCCACCGGCAAGGUCAAGCAUACUACGAAGGAGUUCGAUGGCGAAACGUAUCUCGAACAAUUCUACCUUGAGCGUUCGGAUACUUCUUCCGGAGAUGAUGAGACUGUUAUCAUGCGAAAUAGGAAGAGUGUCUGGAUAACCUACGACCAAGGAGAGAAAUGGGAACAACCUUCCGUCUUCGAAGGCAAAGAAAUUGUUGCCAUUUACCCUAAUCCCUGGAAUAAGGACCACGUUUAUUUCCUCACUCCAAAGGAAGAGGUCAUCUAUAGCCGUGACCGCGGGAAGACCUUUAAGACUUUGAAAGCCCCCGGGCCACCUACCGGCUUGAGUGUUGAUGUCAUAAACUUCCACCCUCUCCGCAAGGACUCCAUGAUUUGGACCUCCCAUAAGGAUUGCCCUGGUACUGACUGUCACAAUGUUGCCUACUAUACCACUGACGGAGGCGAUACCUGGAAGAGCUUGCUCAGUUACGUUAGAUACUGCCGAUGGAUCGCUAAUUCUUACAUGAAGAAGAAGAACGUCCAUGACAACAUGGUUUUCUGCGAGCGCUACGCCAAUGAUGAUGUCAAGAACGGACUUGAACUUGUUACUAGCGACUCCUUCUUUACUCAACAAAAGGUUGAAUUCUCUGGCAUCAAGGGCUUUGCGACCAUGGAAGAAUUUAUCAAUGUCGCUGUUGUCGAUGACAAGAAGAGCACUUUGAAAGUUGUCGCAUCUUUGGAUGGCAAAACUUUUGCUGAUGCUAAUUUCCCUCGUGGCUUUGAUAUCCCUCAUCAACACGCCUACACUGUCCUUGAGAGUAUCACACAUGCGGUCUACCUGCAUGUGACAGUGAAUGACGCAGCUGGCAAAGAAUACGGCGCGAUCUUGAAGUCAAAUUCUAAUGGUACUGACUACAUCAUGGCUUGCCCCAACGUCAAUCGCGAUGAACAAGGCUAUGUUGACUUCGAGAGGAUGCAAGGGCUUGAGGGAGUUGCGCUAGCAAAUGUCGUCGUCAAUACCAAGGAAGUUGACUCCGGUGCCGCAAAGAAGUACAAAACCAAAAUUACUCACAAUGACGGUGGCGUCUGGAGUUAUAUCCCCACUCCCAAAGAGGACUCUAAGGGAGAGCGCUUCUCGUGUAGCUCUAGCGAUACUGAGAAAUGUUCUUUGAAUCUCCAUGGAUACACUGAGAGAGCUGACAAGCGACAUACCUACUCUUCUGCUAGCGCCGUUGGAUUGAUGUUGGCCGUCGGCAAUGUUGGUCCCGAGUUGACACCCAUGAAGAACGGCGAUACUUUCCUCACAAGAAAUGGAGGUAUUAGCUGGGUCGAAAUCCACAAGGGUUCCUUCAUGUGGGAAUUCGGUGACCAGGGUUCAAUUAUUGUAAUUGUGAAGCAAAACGAACCUACCAAGUCAGUCCUUUACACCCUUGACGAGGGUGUCAAAUGGGAAGAGUACACUUUCAGCGAUACAUCAGUCAAUGUUUUCGAUAUCUCCAGCGUGCCAUCUGAUACAAGCAGGAAGUUCAUCGUCUGGGCGAAGGAGAACGGUGCCGAUAAGUUUACAGCGACGACAAUCGACUUCCGUGGAUUGACUGACAAGCAAUGCAUUUUGGACCCCGAAAAACCUGAUGACGACGACUUUGAGUACUGGCAAUCAUCCCAUCCACAUACAGACGAUCACUGUUUGUUCGGUCAUCAGUCUCAGUAUGCCCGUAAGAUUCCUUCGCAUUUGUGCUACAUUGGACGACGAAUCCCUCAACCCCACAAGACAUUCGAAAACUGCACUUGCACACGGAAUGAUUAUGAGUGCGAUUACAACUACGAAAUGGCAAAUGACGGCUCUUGCCAGUUGGUUCCCGGGCUCUCGCCCCCAGACCAUAGCAAGUCGUGUGCUGAAAAUCCGGAUCAGUGGGAGUGGUUCGAGGCCACGGGAUACAGAAGGAUUCCUUUGACUACCUGCAGUAAAGGUGUUAAUCUCGAUCAAUCGGUUUCACAUCACUGCCCCGGAAAGGAGGGAGAAUGGCAUGAUCGCAAAGGCGGUGGCAUCGGGGCUGUGGGAAUUUUCUUCCUUACCCUCCUGUCACUUUGCAUGGCUGGUGUUGUCGGAUAUGUUCUCUUCCAGCGAUGGCCUGGCAAGCUUGGUGCUAUUCGUCUUGGAGACGACCGGCCACGACAACAGUCGCCGUUUGUCAAGUAUCCAGUUAUGGCCCUAUCUGCGAUUGUGGCUGUUAUAGCUAUUAUCCCAAGCGUCGUAGGAGUAUUGUACUCGGCUAUUGCCUCCAGACUGCAAAGGCGUCCAAGGUACACCACUCGAGGCUCGUUCGCUCGUGGAGACUUUAACAACUACGAUAACGUUGAGAAUGAUGAAGGUGAGCUGUUGGGAGAAGAUUCGGACGAGGAUGUGUAA